GUUAAAAUGUACUGCACUACAAUAGUGGACAUUAGAUAAUCGACUUGUGGGUCGGUCGAGUUAUGUCUUGGUGAUGUCGGUGUUAGGGUGUUGUGAACAGAGAACAUUUUAAAUAAUACGUAACAUUACCAAGACUUAUCAUCAAUAUUAUUAUCGUUCGUUGUUUAUGCUUAAUCUUCAGUUUAUGUUAAAUAGUAAACAAUAGAACUGUUAAAUUUUCCAUAUAGUCAAUUUUUUAAGCUGAUAUUCAUUAUGUUAUUCAUGUAAUUUGUGUUUAAGCCAUCAACAGUUUGUUGUCUUUUAACACAAAUAAUCAGUCACUAUUCAUCAUGAGUAUGAAACAUUUAGUAAACAAAACUCCUAGAAUUCUUCAAGAGCUUAUGACCCAACAGGAUAAUUCGAAAUGUUUCGAGUGUGGUUCUCACAAUCCUCAAUGGGCGUCUGUUUCAUAUGGUAUAUGGAUCUGCUUAAUGUGUUCUGGAAAGCACAGGGGUCUUGGGGUUCACCUGUCAUUUGUUCGGUCUAUUACUAUGGAUUCGUGGAAGGAUUUAGAACUGGAAAAAAUGAAAGUCGGUGGAAAUAGAAAUGCCAAGGAAUUUUUUGAAUCUCAACCAGACUGGAAUGAUUCAAUGACUAUUGAACAAAAAUAUAAUACUAAAGCAGCAGCUCUAUAUCGAGAUAAGAUUUUAAGUUUAGCUAAAGGAGAAACAUGGAGUCCUACUACUUCAUCUGCAAAAGAUUAUAAUGUAGAUCAUAUGAAAAUGAAAAGUAAUCAAUCACAGAAAUAUAGUUUUAAUGAAUCAUCUACAAAUUAUAAUGAAAUUAGUUCUGGCUAUCAAAAUGAUGUUAAUAUUCCAAAUAUUAAAGAUGAAAAAGAAGCUUUUUUUGCAAGAAAACAAUAUGAAAACAUGACUAAACCUGAAAAUUUACCUCCAAACCAAGGUGGACGAUAUUCUGGAUUUGGAAACACAAUUGAACAACCACCUAGGAGUCAAUCACAAGAUCUUCUUGAUUCAGCAGUGUCAUCAUUUUCCAGUGGGUGGUCAAUAUUUUCUUCGUCGGCAUCAAAACUAGCAUCCCAGGCCACACAAAGUGCUAUUAAAAUUGGAGGAUUAGCUACACAAAAGGUAUCAGAUAUGACUACUGAUAUAAGCUCAAAGAUAAAAGAAGGUACUUUAAUUGAUGAUGUAUCCACUCAAUUUUCUACUAUGUCUACCAAGGUUAGUGAUUUAGGCCGUAAAGAGUGGCAAAAUAUUACUGGAAGUAAUAAUCCUACACCGCCAAAAUCACAUUCAACAAAUUUUGUAGCCCAUUCCACAGAAAAUUCGUCAUUAAUUGCUGAUGGUUCUUCUGGGAAUCAAAAAAAUGUACAACGAAAAAACAGCUGGACAUCUUGGGAUGUUAAUAAUACUCAUUCAUCAUCUUCAGAUCAAACAACUGAAAAAUAUCAACCAAUUCAAGACGAAUGGAAUAACAAAUGGGAUAACAAUUGGUAGAUCUACAUUAUAAUAUUAAUUAAGUUUAUACUUAAAAAAAAAUUAAAGAUUCAUAAUAUAUAAAA